CUGGAUACAUAGUUUAAAAAUUUUACGCUACAAGGUUAUAACGUCAGUUUAAUAGCUUAGAUGAGUUCAGCAGUUGAUCGUACUUCAGAUUUCAUCCGUUCUGUACAACUUAGUCGCUCUAAGUUAAGUGACAUUAAGCAUCAAGAUGAUUUAUCUGAAAAUCAUCAUAUUGUCGACUUCAAUUCAUUUGAAAUAUCGAAGCCUAAUCUUAAUGGUUUUGUAGAUGAUAAAAAUUUCUCACAUAAACCAUAUAUUCCAAAUGGUUUUCAAUCUACUCAAAAUUAUUCGUUGAAUAAAACUACUGUUCUUAGUCAACGUUCUCAAUUUAUGAAAGCAGCCUCAGUAAUCAGUCAAGAUUUAGCAAGUACAUUCUGUAAACUUGAACAGUUAAAUGCAUUGGCUCGAAGGCAAACACUAUUCGAUGAUCAUAGUUCUGAAAUUCAGCAUUUAACUUAUGUUAUUAAAGAAUCUAUGGCGAAUCUGAAUAAUAGGAUUGCUAGUUUACAAGAGAUUGCCAAAUCUCAGGCUUCUGGUGGGAAACAACAAACCACGCAUUCACAUUCUGUGCUAAUGGUUUUACAGACUCGUCUUGCUAAAAUGUCUGAUCAAUUUCGUGGAGUGUUAGAAUAUCGUUCUGAGGAUAUUAAAUCACAAAAUGCUCGAAAGAGUAAAUAUAGCUCACUUAAUGAUACAUAUGAAUCAUUGAAUACACAGUCAGUAAAGCCGCCGCAUGUUGUCAUUCCUUCUGUUUUGUUAAAAGAUGAUGAACGUGCUAGAGAAGCCCUGUUAAGUGGUAAUCAAACGAAUGAUGGAUUAGAUGGUCUAGGCAGUUUUAUUCCACCUACUUUACCUGUUGCGAACUCCAAUUUGGGACUUGCUCAAAAAUAUGUCAGUUCAGAUCAGACGGACUCAUAUUUGGCUUCUCGAGCAGAUACAAUGCGGAGUAUCGAGCAUACAAUUGUUGAAUUGGGACAGAUUUUCCAACAGUUAGCCACUAUGGUACAAGAACAAGAUGAAUCAAUUCGUCGUAUUGAUGCCAAUGUUGAUGAAGCUGCAGUAUCAGUAGAGGCUGGACACUCUGAAUUAAUGCGUUACUUUCGUUCAAUCAGUUCAAGUCGAUGGCUUAUGAUUAAGGUGUUCUUUGUUCUAAUUGUAUUUUUUGUAAUAUUUGUUGUAUUCUUUGCUUAAAUGAAACAACAAAAUGAUUGAAAAUAAACAGAAUAAGGAAUUCUAUUGGAUAAUGCAUAUAUACUACUAAUAUCUUGACUAUUAACACCACUUCCUACUAUAAAGUAAAAGGGAACACUUAGAGCGAGAGCAUAAGUGAAGUUGUACACUAUUUAUCAAAUUAUUUCUGAUCGUAAAAUGCUACUUUAUUUUUCUUUCUUAAUCAAAACAUCAAAACAAUAGAUAGAUGAUGAUAUCACCCACUCGCGUCUUUGAGUAGUAUCUUAUCAUUUCAUAUAUUCUAGAAAAUGUAAAGAAAAAUCACUUAGAAUUCAACCUUAUUACUUUUGUCUUUCAUACAAUGAAAUAAUGAUGUUUCCUAAAUUCAGAAAGGAAAGCUAAAUUUGUCUUGAGAAAAGCAAACAAACAAAAUUUCACUCGAAACAAACACCAAGGCAAUAUAUAUAUAUGCUCAUAUAUCAAUAGAAAUAGCCUAGAAGGCGACAACUCUUUCUCAUUGUGUUCUGAAGGAUAUUUGUUUUCCCUUUUGCUGGAGAAAAAAAAUGUUUGAUUAUGUGUAUAGGUUUAUGUCAAAGUUUUACAAGUUAUCGAUGUCCUCGGCUGACAGUUUUGUACUUCCUUUCUGUGCCUCUGUUUUUCACUCACUUGUAAUUUCUUUCUUUACUCAAUGAAAUGUGUACAGUGUGUAUAGUUAUGUGUGUCUCUAACCCCUGUUAAGUUAGACGUGUACGACACUUUGUCAUUGUAUGACAUCUGGAAUAGGUGAAGUUCUGCGUACAUCUGAUGUGUGUGUGUGUGUGUGUGUGUAUAUAUAUCACACUUAACCUUCAGACAACUUAGAUUGUGUAUCUUACAGAGUUUUCAUAUGUCUAUUAUUAUCAUUAUCCAAUGUAUUGUUAUUUGUAAACUGUGAUUUAAUUAUUUUAAUCUUUCUUUGUCACCGUGUAAAAUGUUAUGAGGGUUAUUGCAUUGAGGUGAUAUGUUUUAUACCCUUGUUUUUGCAGCAUAUUGACUGAUUACAUAAUUUGUUCACCUUUUUUAAAAAAAAACAAAUGAAAUAUAAUGAUGGAUGGAAAA